AUGCCACGUCAGCGUAAACGAUCCAAAGAAGGCCCUUUGUGGGUGAUGUACCCCGACCUACACGAUCAAGUAGCGGACAAACUUGAAGAAGUCCAGCUCGACUUCACGUUCAAUCCCAAUGAUGACGGCCUAACAAGCCGAAAGUCGUAUGACACAAACAUUAUGGGCAGAUUCGCAUGCAACAACCAAAACUGCACCACGACUGGCUGGUCGAGCAAGAAAAUCGCCAUUACUAUCCGUCAAUACUCCCAAGAUCGAUACAAUGCCCGAGUGUACCAUCAGCGCUGCAGAAAAUGCAAAAGCCUCGGCGAACCAACUCUGGACGAAGAGUCGUACAUCGACAGAGUCUCGUACCGUAUCAAGAAAUGGAACGGCGUCGAGAUGGACAUACCUAAAUGGGGAAGGGACGAAUUUAAGGGGCCGCACGAGCGUGCUUUUUGUGAGGGGUGCAAAGACGGGCAUUGCCGAGAGGGAUCCAACAAGGCUGUUCCAACCAGGCGGGUUACGAACAACAGGGGCUUGAAGGAGAUCACACAAAAACAUGAGGAUGCUCCUGAACCACAUGCUCACUGA